AGCGCGUGCGCCUCUGUACCAUCACACACACACACACACACACACACACGGAGCGAUCAGGAAGCGACACCGUUUGUUCUCAACAUUUGCGAAAUUAUCUUUAACACAGAUUGGACACCCGGAAAUUUGCGAGCAUGUUUUCACUCGGGGAGACAAUAGAGUUCCUCAUAGGAAACUCUUUUUCAACGCCCGUCGGUCAGAGAAUCGAGCGAGCAACCAGCGGCUCUCUGCAGACAGAGGACUGGAGCCUCAACAUAGAGAUCUGUGACAUCAUCAAUGAGACGGAUGAGGGCCCCAGGGAUGCAGUCAAAGCGAUCAAGAAGAGGAUCGUCGGAAACAAGAACUUCAGCGAGAUCAUGUUGGCUCUCACUGUUCUUGAGGCCUGUGUGAAGAACUGCGGCCACCGCUUCCACGUCCUGGUGGCGUCACAGGAGUUUAUCGAAGGGGUUCUGGUUCGUUCCAUUCUGCCCAAGUACAAUCCACCCACAGCCCUGCAUGACCGGGUUCUCAGCCUCAUACAGUCAUGGGCCGAUGCGUUUCGCAACUCUCCGUCUUUGACCGGGGUGGUGCAUGUGUACGACGACCUCCGGAGGCGAGGUCUGGAGUUCCCCAUGACAGACCUGGACGCUCUGUCACCCAUCCACACUCCAAACAGGAGUAUCCCAGAGAACGGAGCCCCGGAUUCCUCUGCUGUCGCUCCUCCCUCACAUCAGUCACAACCUCAAGCUCUGUCAGCAGCAAACGUUCAGAUCACCGCGCCUCCACCUCAGGACAGCGAGCGACCGGCGACGCUCUCUGCAGAACAGGAACAGAAGCUGCGUAGUGAGCUGUCACUGGUGAAGGGGAAUCUGACGGUCAUGUCUGAAAUGCUCAAUGAGCUCGUACCUGGACAGAGUCAGCCUGACGACACAGAGCUGCUACAGCAGCUGUACUCUGUGUGCAGGAGCAUGCAGACUCGGGUGGUGGAACUGAUUCCACAGCUGCUGGAUGAAGGAUUUAUUGAAGAGCUUCUCGUGAUCAAUGACGACCUCAACAACGCCUUCAUACGCUAUGAGAGGUUUGAAAGACUCAACAAGGCACAAAGUACAAAUACGUCACAGCAGAAUUCCUCCAGCACUCCGAGCCUCGCCGACCGCAGUCGUGAUCCUGAACCUGCCAUCAUCACAACAACCAGCCAACCAGCAGUCAGCACCGCGGCCGGUCAGAGGCAGUCGCCCAACCCCAAAGAGGAGGAAGAGUUUGACAUGUUUGCUCAGACCAGAGGCAGCUCGCUGGCUGAGCAGAGGAAAUGUGUCAUAUAUGAGGACCCAGGAGCUGUGGAGGGCCUCGCUGGAGCACUGGACACAAGGCUGCAGGUCACAGGAGGAACAAAAGACGCUUUGCAGAACAAUAUUGACAAAUGGUUACCCAGUGACCUGGAAGAGCAGUCCUCGGUUUGCGAGGGAGUGUCCAGUGAAGAAUUUGACAAGUUUCUGCAGGACCGGGCAAAGAUGGCAGACCACAGCGACCGGGAGCCCCACACUGUGCCGCCCUCGGCGUCCAGGCCGCUGCCGCUGUCGACCCGGCAACAGGAAAAAUCAGACGGCUCUCAUGACCAGCUUUUUUCACUCUGAAUAUAAAGAUAUAGAAGAGGAAUGAAUGGAAGUCAAAGGCAAACAUACAGACAUGCUGUGCCAAGUCAAGUUUGCUCUGAAAGUACACACACACCUGACACUACACAGCUAGUGCCUGAUCAACUCACAUACAUAAAUCUAGUUUUCACGUGGAUGUAUUUAUGAUAUGUACUAUAUUGUCCUACAGAUGUAAACAAAAACAUGUUUUUAAAGUUAAAUAUAAUGUUAAAUAUAUAUAUAUAUAUAUAUUUUAUAUGCCACGGCGUGCCUUUGAGCGAGACAGCUGAUUUUGUGUCGAUGAGAAUAAACAGGACAUUGUCCUGCUAACAUGUU